AACAGCUUCCGGGCCAUGAGGUUAAUUUGACGAUUUGUUUGUGACUUGUGUUAGCGGCGCGCGUAAGUUGUUAUACGGUUGACAAACUUGUUAACUAAACCUAUUGCAGCUUGAAAUAUAAUAAUGGAUGCUUCACAGAGACAUCGUUCUCUUUACAAAGGGACUACGCCGCCAUGGAAAGAAACGUACAGAAGGCGUUGCGUGGACAGGUUGAAAAACAGCCGUUCCAGAUUGCUGGACAAGUUCAGGCAAACGGGAGAGACGGAGGGUCGGGAUGGCGGAUCACGGGGCUCUCAGUCCCUCGUUCAAGAGGUGAUGGAGGAAGAGUGGAACGCCCUCCAGCUUUCUAACCGGGGACUUCCCUCCUUGUGGAAUAAGGAUGGCAUUGGCGAGACGUACAGUGCCUUAAAAGAAUAUGAUGAAUUAACUGUGUUUGAAGAGAUCCAACAAGAACUUUUGUCUCAAGAGUUAUCCAUCAUUGAUGAAUUUGAAAGGGGCUUGAAAAUGGAGGAGCAGUACUUGGAUUCAGUUGUUGAGGGAAUGGAGGCAGAAAAGGAAAUUAUAUGUCCCAUAUGUCAUGCAAACAACUUGACAGUAAAUAGCCAUUUUACAUCCUGCCUCUGUGGGCUCUACAUCAACACACAGAUGAGGGGGGUGACCCCGGAGCUCCUGCAGUGUGUUCUUGAGAGCAGGGUCAUGGAGCACAUGGAGGAGUGUCUUCACAACCCCGUCUUCUCUACGGCCUCAAACAUGGACGGCUCUUCAAACCUCAUGAUCAGUUGCAAGGUUUGUGACUACCUCUCUGUGGUUCUGUGAAGUGUGUUUUGUUUACUAUUUGUGAUUUAAUAAGCCCUGUGUCAUUGGGAGAAUGUUGUUCCUGCACUAAAGUGCUUUUAUUUCUGUAAAAUAAAGAUUUGUAAGAUGUU